ACCAAAAUCAUAACAAAUAACACAAAAAAGCGGCCAAAAUACUAACCGGAAAUUCCCUCGCUCAAAUCCACUUAAGAAACAUAAUCAACUACUCCCAUAUCAUCUUUAUCUCUACUUUUUUUUUUUUUGGAAAAAAUAUUGAUUUAUAAAAGCGACAGUGGAGUGCAGUUAGGGUUUUCGCUUCCAAAGAUCACGCUUUUGCUAUAAAAGAAUUUUCAAAUUCUAGGGUUUCUUAGUUAAGAUCACAGAAUGGAUCUCCCUGUACAAAUGGACGAUUACAUAAAAGAAACAAUUGACGAUUCAUUAGGCCUCCCAAUCUCUACACACACUCUCCAGUUGAAGCUUCGCGCCUCCGAGGAUGCCCAUUGCCGCCUCCGCGACCAGUACCUUCUUCUCCUCGGGAAAUUGCGUCAAAAGGACCAGCUCAUUGACCGAACCAAGGCGGAGGCGAAUAUGAAUGCGGUGGCUUUGAAGAAGUUUGUGGAGGAAAAUCAGAGAUUGGCGGCGGAGUGUGCCAGUUUGGUGAUUCAGUGUAACAAAUGGGAGAGGGAGUGUUCACUUUAUGACAACGAUAGAGAGGCUUUAAUGGAUUUUGGAAACGAGGCUGAUGAGAGGGCAAGAGAGGCCGAAUUUAGGGUUCGUGAGUUGGAAGAGGUCUUAGGGAAGUUAUCCGAGGAAUUGCAGUUCUACAAGCAUGAGUAUGCGAAUCAUGGGGUUGCUUCACCGGCUAAGAGUACUGAUACAGAACAGCAUUUACUUGAGUCCAUUUUAGCUACAUUGGUCAGUAAAGAUGAAGUUGAAUUUGGUCAUGCUUUUUUGGAGGCCAACAGUGGGUAUGAGUCAUGUCAAAAGUUGCUGAAAAUGUGGAACAGCUUGAGACCAUCAACUCAGAAAGUUUUAUCUCUGGCUGCUAAAGUGAAGAAUCUUCAAAAAGAUAAGGAGCAUCUCAGGAUCAAUCUUACUAGAGCUGAAGAGGAGGUCCACUUACUGUCUGAAGAAAACAACAUAUUGGAUGAGGAGAACAAAAAAUUAUUGAAGCAUCACCAAGAACAUAACCUUGAUGGUUCUGGUGGAAAACAUACCAGCAGCGCAUCUGCCAAGAGGAACAAGCGAAAAUCAAGUCCAAAGAUGAGUAGCCCAGUCAAGAUGAAGAUUGACUUAAAAGAUAUAGUGAGACGACCACUAUCACCUUUGCGACACAACUCCCCUGAAUGUAGGAUGCCUAAGAAGUUGUAACGGGUUCUUUUGUAUUUGUGUAGUUUCUUAUUAUUACCUCUGGGUAAUUCUUUGUAUGUUGGAUAGUAUUAUUACUGAUGGUUAGCUUUAACCCUUCAGCUAUGUACAUGUCAAUAUGUCAGAACUCUUUAACUAAUCAAUUCAUAGUGGACUGGGGCUUUAUUCCCUGUUUUCUUGAUC